UAAAAAUUUAUUUGCAGAUUUAAAGAUGGAUGUUCAAGUUAGAGAAAUCAAAGUUCUUGACUCUGUUGAAGACAUUCAAGAUAGAAGAGAAGCUGUUCUCGACCGAUACUCACAGUUUAAAGCUGCGGCACGUUCAAAGAGAGACAAGCUCGAAGAUUCUCGUCGCUUUCAGUACUUUAAAAGAGAUGCAGAUGAAUUAGAAUCGUGGAUAUAUGAAAAACUUCAGGCGGCUUCGGACGAGAGUUACAAAGAUCCUACAAACCUUCAGGCCAAAAUCCAGAAACAUCAAGCUUUUGAAGCUGAAGUUGCCGCUCAUAGCAAUGCUAUAGUGGUUCUGGAUAAUACUGGUUUAGAGAUGAUUAAUCAAGGACAUUUUGCUUCCGAAACUAUCAAACAUCGUCUCGACGAAUUACAUCGUCUGUGGAAAUUAUUAUUAACUCGCCUGGCCGACAAAGGUUUGAAAUUACAACAGGCUCUCGUGCUCGUUCAGUUUUUGCGACAAUGCGACGAAGUAAUGUUUUGGAUUAACGAUAAGGAAGCUUUUGUUGUUACGGAUGAAUUUGGAUUGGAUUUAGAACAUGUUGAAGUAUUGCAACGUAAAUUUGAUGAAUUUCAAAAGGAUAUGGCUAGCCAGGAAUUCAGAGUUACUGAAGUUAAUGAACAAGCAGAUAAAUUGAUAAAUGAGGAUCAUCCUGAAAAAGAAACUAUUCUAAAACGAAAAGAGGAAUUAAAUGAUGCAUGGCAAAGACUUAAAGCCUUAACACUAUUAAGACAAGAAAAAUUAUUUGGUGCACAUGAAAUCCAGAGAUUUAAUAGAGAUGCAGACGAAACAAUUGCAUGGAUCACUGAAAAAGAUGUUGUUCUUUCAUCAGAUGAUUAUGGAAGAGACCUGGUCAGUGUUCAGACUUUGCAGCGUAAGCACGAAGGCAUUGAGAGAGAUUUAGCUGCUUUAGAAGAUAAAGUUAUGACUCUAGGUCAAGAAGCCGAUAGACUUUGUAAUCUUCACGAAGAUCAUGCCGAACAAAUUCAAAAUAAACAUGCAGAAAUUGUUUCAAAUUGGGAAAUGUUAAAAACCAAGGCCCAAGAACGUCGUCAUCGUCUUGAUGAAUCCUAUUUGCUUCAUAGAUUCUUGGCCGACUUCCGAGAUUUGGUAUCGUGGAUUCAUGACAUGAAAACAAUUAUAUCUGCAGAUGAAUUAGCCAAAGAUGUUGCAGGAGCAGAAGCCUUACUAGAACGUCAUCAGGAACAUAAAGGUGAAAUCGAUGCUAGAGAAGAUAGUUUCAGAGCCACUACUGAUGCUGGACAAAUGCUAUUAGAUGAAGAUCAUUAUGCAACAACUGAAGUUAAAGAAAAGUUAUUAAUAUUGAACAACGAGAAACAAUCUUUACUGUCCAUGUGGGAGGAACGUCGUAUUCUGUACGAGCAGUGUAUGGAUUUACAACUUUUCUAUCGUGAUACUGAACAAGCUGAUACUUGGAUGGCAAAACAAGAGGCUUUCCUUGCUAAUGAAGAUCUUGGAGAUUCUUUGGAUUCAGUUGAAGCAUUAAUUAAAAAACAUGAAGAUUUUGAAAAAUCAUUAGCUGCACAAGAAGAAAAAAUCAAGGCAUUGGAUGAAUUCGCUACAAAAUUAAUUGAAGGUCAGCAUUAUGCAGCUGACGAUGUUGCACAAAGAAGAGCUACGCUGUUAGAAAGAAGAACUGCUUUGUUAGAAAAGUCUGCAGUUCGUCAUGCUAUGUUAGAAGAUUCCUAUCGUUUGCAACAAUUUGAAAGAGACUGCGAUGAAACAAAAGGUUGGAUCAGUGAGAAACUAAAAACAGCAACAGAUGAAAGUUAUUUGGAUCCCACUAAUCUUAAUGGGAAAGUCCAAAAACAUCAAAAUUUUGAACAAGAACUGAAUGCAAACAAAAGUCGUAUUGAUGAAAUUACUAGCACAGGGCAAGAACUAAUAGAUGCUAAUCAUUAUGCUUCAGAAAGAAUAAAUCAUCGUAUGGUUGAAAUAGUUGAACUGUGGCAAUCAUUAGUAGAAGCAACAGAAAGAAAAGGAUCAAAGUUAUCAGAAGCUUCGGCACAACAACAAUUUAACCGUGGAGUGGAAGAUAUUGAAAUUUGGCUUUCUGAAAUUGAAGGACAACUGUUGUCAGAAGACUAUGGAAAAGAUCUUACAAGUGUCCAGAAUCUAAUAAAGAAGCAGACUCUUCUAGAAGCAGAUGUUGCAUCACAUCAGGAUCGUAUUGAUGGAGCCGUUAUUCAAGCCAACAAAUUUGUCGAACAUGAAGGUCAUUUUGCUGCAGAUGAAAUUCAUAAGAGAGUUCAGGGCUUAAAUGAUAAGUGGCAACAAUUAAAGGAUAAAGCUUUACAAAGAAAACAAGAUUUAGAAGAUUCUCUUCAAGCACAUCAGUAUUUUGCUGAUGCCAAUGAGGCUGAAUCAUGGAUGAAAGAAAAGGAACCUAUUGUUGGUAGUCAAGAUUAUGGUAAAGAUGAAGAUUCUGCUGAAGCUUUAUUAAAGAAACAUGAAGCGUUAAUGGCCGAUCUUGAAGCCUUUGGUAAUACUAUUCGUAGUUUACGUGAUCAAGCUCAGUCAUGCAGGCAACAAGAAGCUCCAGUAAUUGAUCAUGCAGGUAAAGAAUUUGUUAUGGCUCUGUAUGAUUACACCGAAACCAGUCCACGAGAAGUAUCCAUGAAGAAAGGUGACGUUUUGAGUCUCCUUAAUAGCAAUAACAAAGAUUGGUGGAAAGUAGAAGUAAAUGACCGCCAGGGAUUUGUUCCGGCUGCUUAUGUAAAGAAAAUUGAAGCUGGUCUUUCUGCCAGUCAACAACAUCUUGCUGAUACAAACAGUAUAUCUGCUCGACAAGCUCAGAUUGAAGCACAGUAUGAAAAUCUUCUUGCACUUGGAGGCGAAAGACGUAACAAAUUGGAAGAAUCUUGUAAAGCUUAUCAACUCGUUCGCGAAGCUGCUGAAUUAACACAAUGGGUUAAAGAUAAGGAACAAAUAGCUGAAGUUCAAGAAGUUGGAGAAGACUUGGAACAAGUUGAAGUUAUGCAGAAAAAGUUUGAUGAUUUUAUGGCUGAUUUGAAAACAAAUGAAGUGAGACUUGCUGAAAUGAAUGAAAUUGCUACUCAAGUUAUGAGUCUUGGACAAACUGAAGCUGCUAUUAAAAUUCAGACUCAAAUUGAAGAUUUAAAUAGCAGAUGGAAACAACUUGAACAAGUAACUACCGAAAGAGCAACUCAGCUAGGUUCCGCACACGAAGUGCAGCGAUUCCAUCGUGACGUUGAUGAAACAAAGGAUUGGAUUCAAGAAAAGGAUGAAGCAUUAAAUACCGAAGAUUAUGGUCAAGAUUUGAGAAGUGUACAGACACUUCAACGAAAACAUGAAGGUCUGGAACGUGAUUUAGCUGCUUUGGGAGACAGAAUUCGUCAAUUAGAUGAUACUGCUAGUCGACUGAUGCAAACUCACCCAGAAGCUGCCGAAACAAUAUACACAAAACAAAGUGAAAUCAAUGAAGAAUGGACUCAACUGACUGCUAAAGCUAAUGCACGCAAGGAGAAAUUACUAGACUCUUACGAUUUACAGAGAUUUUUGGCAGAUUAUAGAGAUUUGAUGUCAUGGAUUAAUACUAUGAUGAGUCUAGUUUCUUCUGAUGAACUUGCAACUGAUGUUACUGGUGCAGAAGCUUUAUUAGAAAGACAUCAAGUAUUUAUUUUUCAUAAUUAUUUCAAUAUAAUGCUUGAUAUUUUUAAUGCAGAUGUUUUAUUUAGUUCAUUAUUUAUGUGAAUUUAUUAGGAACAUCGCACAGAAAUAGAUGCUAGGUCUGCCACGUUUCAGUCGUUUGAUUUAUUUGGCCAACAGUUAUUGAGAAGUGGACAUUAUGCAAUUGUUGAAGUUCAGGAGAAAUUAGAAAAAAUGAAAGAAGCCCGGGAAGAACUUGAAAAUGCCUGGGUCGCUAGAAGAAUGAAAUUAGACCAGUGUUUGGAACUGCAACUGUUCUAUCGAGACUGUGAACAGGCCGAAAAUUGGAUGGCCAGCCGAGAAGCUUUCUUGAGUUCCGACGACAUGGGUGGCGAUAAUGUCGAAGCUCUGAUUAAAAAGCAUGAAGAUUUUGAUAAAGCAAUCAAUGCACAAGAAGAAAAAAUUGCUUCUCUUACUGCUUUAGCUGAUCAGUUAAUUGCUUCUGAUCAUUAUGCUUAUGAUGCAAUUAAAGACAAAAAAGAGCAAGUGUUAGAUAGAUGGCGUCACCUAAAAGAGGCUUUGAUUGAAAAGCGUUCCAAGUUAGGGGAAAGUCAAACGCUGCAACAGUUUAGUAGGGAUGCUGAUGAAAUUGAAAAUUGGAUUGCAGAAAAAUUGCAAAUGGCAACAGAUGAAUCUUAUAAAGAUCCAGCUAAUAUACAAAGUAAACAUCAGAAACAUCAAGCCUUCGAAGCAGAAUUGGCAGCAAAUGCAGAAAGAAUCCAGUCAGUAAUUGCAAUGGGAGAAAACUUAAUUGACAAACACCAGUGCGCCGGGUCCGAAGAUGCCGUGCAGACUCGUUUGGCAUCCAUAGCUGACCAAUGGGAAUAUCUGACAAAGAAAACAAAUGAAAAAAGCAUGAAACUGAAGGAAGCAAAUAAGCAAAGGACUUUCAAUGCUGCUGUGAAGGAUAUUGACUUCUGGUUAGGAGAAGUCGAGUCGCUGUUGAAAUCUGAAGAUUCCGGAAAAGAUUUGGCUUCAGUUCAGAAUCUCAUUAAGAAACAUCAACUGGUAGAAGCGGACGUUACCGCCCAUGAGGACCGAAUCAAAGACAUGAAUGGUCUGGCUGACAGUCUGGUCGACUCAGGCCAGUUCGAUACCGCCACCAUUCAAGAGAAACGUAAUUCAAUUAACGAACGCUACGAGCGCGUGAAAACGUUGGCCACAUACAGACGUGCCAGACUCAGCGAAGCAAACACACUCCAUCAAUUUUUCAGAGAUAUAGCCGAUGAAGAGUCAUGGAUCAAGGAAAAGAAAUUGUUGGUCAGUUCCGAUGACUAUGGACGUGAUCUUACCGGCGUGAAGAACCUACGCAAGAAACACAAACGUCUGGAGGCUGAAUUGUUAUCUCACGAACCGGCCAUUCAGGCGGUUCAGGAAGCUGGCCAAAAACUCAUGGCGGAAUCCAAUCUUGGGGUUCCAGAAAUCGAACAAAGAUUGCAAGCACUGGAACAAGCCUGGCAAGAAUUGAAUCAGAUGGCAUCCGAUCGUGGUCAUAAACUGGAAGAAUCCUUGGUUUACCAGAAAUUUCUCGCCAGAGUCGAAGAAGAAGAAGCCUGGAUAUCUGAGAAGCAGCAGCUGCUUUCGGUGGAGGAUUACGGCGAUACCAUGGCCGCAGUACAGGGUCUACUAAAGAAACACGAGGCAUUUGAGGCUGAUUUUGCUGUCCAUCGCGAACGCUGCACCGACAUCACAUCCGAUGGCCAGCAGUUGAUGAAUGAGGGAAACCACCAUUCCGAGAGCAUCAACCAACGUCUGGUUCAGUUGCAGUCUCGUCUAGAAUCCUUGGAAAGCAGUGCCGUGUGCAGAAAGGGAAAACUGAUGGACAAUUCUGCCUAUCUUCAGUUUAUGUGGAAGGCUGAUGUUGUUGAGAGUUGGAUCGCCGACAAGGAGGUACAUGUGAGAUCGGAAGAUUACGGACGGGAUCUGUCGUCUGUGCAGACUCUUCUUACAAAACAAGAAACAUUUGAUGCGGGAUUGGCUGCAUUCGAACAGGAAGGAAUUCAGAGCAUAACUCAGUUGAAAGAUCAAUUGGUGACUGCACAUCAUGAUCAGACUCCUGCUAUUAUUAAAAAACAUGACGACGUAAUGGAGAGAUGGCAUAAUUUGAGAGCUGCUUCUGAAGCACGAAAACAGAGAUUGUUGCAAAUGCAAGAGCAGUUUAAGCAGAUUGAAGAUCUGUUUUUGACCUUUGCAAAGAAGGCCUCUGCUUUCAACAGUUGGUUUGAAAAUGCUGAAGAAGAUCUGACAGACCCUGUCAGAUGUAAUUCUAUUGAAGAAAUAAAGGCACUGAGAGAAGCUCAUGCACAAUUCCAGGCCUCCCUGAGCUCUGCUCAGGCAGAUUUCGAGGCCCUGGCUGCACUAGAUCGUCAGAUCAAGAGUUUCAAUGUGGGUUCGAAUCCUUACACUUGGUUCACAAUGGAAGCUCUCGAAGACACCUGGAGAAACCUUCAGAAAAUCAUUCACGAGAGAGAUAUUGAAUUGACCAAGGAAGCCCAGCGUCAGGAAGAAAACGACCGUCUCCGAAGAGAGUUUGCCAAGCAUGCAAAUGCAUUCCAUCACUGGUUGACAGAGACAAGAAUGUGGCUCCUCGAUGGAUCUUCUAUGAUGGAAGGAACAGGAACAUUGGAAGCUCAGCUGGAAGCCACUAAGCGAAAAGCCGGAGAAGUUAGAGCAAAACGUAGCGAUCUGAAGAAGAUUGAAGAUCUGGGCGCACUCCUAGAAGAACACUUGAUUUUGGACAAUCGGUACACUGAGCAUAGUACCGUAGGACUGGCCCAACAGUGGGAUCAACUGGAUCAGCUCGGCAUGCGUAUGCAACACAACCUCGAACAACAGAUUCAGGCACGAAACCAAAGUGGUGUGUCGGAAGAUGCCCUUAAAGAAUUUAGCAUGAUGUUCAAGCACUUCGACAAGGACAAGUCGGGAAGGCUCAAUCACCAAGAAUUCAAGAGCUGUCUGAGAGCCCUGGGAUACGACCUGCCCAUGGUGGAGGAGGGACAGCCUGAUCCGGAGUUUGAAGCCAUCCUGGACACAGUGGACCCCAACAGGGACGGCUACGUCUCCCUCCAAGAGUACAUGGCCUUCAUGAUCUCGCGCGAGACUGAGAACGUCCGCUCGAGCGAGGAGAUCGAGAACGCCUUCAGGGCCAUUACCUCAGGAGACAGACCCUAUGUCACGGCGGAGGAGCUAUACGCGAACCUGACGAAGGAGAUGGCGGAUUACUGCGUCUCGCGAAUGAAGCCCUACGUGGACCCCAAGACGGGAAGGACCCUUUCGGGUGCCUACGAUUACAUCGACUUCACCCACACCCUCUUCCAGAAUUAAAUCUGUCGAAGAUGCAGCUUUUUAUCGCCGUUUUUAGUUGAUUUUUGUCGUUCUUCGUGGCAGUUUCCAUUAUUAUUAAUUUUUUUUCGCGGUGGCCGGAAAUUCGUUAGUGAGCGCGCUCUUGCGUGUAAUUUUUGGUACUCUUAUACGAGAAUAAAAGUCGUUAUUUUCGUCGUUCAA